AUGUUAGAGGAAUUGGACAGUGAACCUGAACCUUUUAGUGGUAGUUCCAGUGAUGAAUAUGUGGCAGAUACAGCCGACAGUAGCACAUCAAGCAGUGAUAGUGAUAGUUUGGAGGUUAGAAAAACAAACAGGAAGUCUGUAAAUGAAUCGCAGUGGGUUCGAAAUAAGAAAAAGAGACUUUUGGCUACUGGAGCAAGACAUCUUAAUAGUGUGAAUAAAAUGGUCGGUCCUAGAGUGGUUGGCGAAGACUGUAAAUGCAAAUUUAAAUGUUUCGAAAACUUUGAUGAACAGGAGAGAACGCAGAUCUUAAAUAAAUUUAAUGAAAUUGGCGAGAAAGUAAUGCAGGAUACUUUUCUUGUAGGCCUAAUAAGUACGUCAGAAGUAACCAGAAAACGUCCUAAGACAGGAAAUGGUCGGCAACGAAACAUUUCCCAUAAAUACAUGAUUCGUAUUGGUUCAAAAUCCCACCGAGUAUGCAAAAAAGCAUUUGGUGCGGUUCAUGGUAUAUCAUCUAAAAGAAUUGAUCGCUUGUCAACUUUCUUAAAAUUUAACGACGCUAUCACAUCUCCUAAGGAUGGUCGUGGAAAGCAUCACACUAGAUCCAACAUGAUCCCCCCAGAAAUCGUUGAGCAAGUAGAUAGCAAUAUUUGCAGUUUUCCCAAGAGAUCGUCUCAUUACAGUCGUCAAAAAAGUAAUAAUAAAAUGUAUCUUUCACCGGAAUUAAAUGUCAAGAAGCUGAUAAGUCGCCAGAGAAAACUGUUAGAUGAAAAGAAAAAGGGAAUUGAGUAUUUCAGAGAAUGUGCCGAUAAAUAUGGAGAUAUGCAAAUGGAAGAAAUUAAUCGUAAGAUGAAUGGAUCUUUCCAAAUUGUUGAUGGGGUAUUAGAUAUGAAAGAUCCGGUGGAUAUGCCUCAACUUACUCACAUUCAACUACAAAUGGUGAAUGAUGCUUUCGUGGGGGAUCCAAGCGAAGUCAUCACCGAGAAAUUUAGCUUGAGCAUAACGAGACGAGAUCUAUUAACUUUGGCAGAUCUCAAUUGGUUAAACGAUGAAGUUAUUAAUUUUUAUAUGAAUAUGAUCAUUGAAAGGGGAGAGAAUCCGAAAUGGCCCAAAGCUUACGCAUUUAAUACAUUCUUUUAUCCAAAGCUAUUGAGAGAUGGUUACCAUUCGUUAAGAAGAUGGACCAAGAAAGUUGAUAUUUUUGAAAAUGCUCUCAUAUGUAUUCCUAUACACUUAGGCUUCCAUUGGUGUAUGGCCAUUAUUGAUUUGCGAACCAAAUAUAUCAGAUAUUAUGACAGUACUGGAAACAGCAACAAUACAUGUUUGAAAGUUUUGAAAAAGUACUUAGAAGAUGAGCACCUUGAUAAGAAGAAAUGUCCUCUCUAUACGACCGAUUUCAAAUUGGAAAACUUAAAAGAUAUACCUCAGCAAUCGAAUGGAAAUGAUUGCGGUAUAUUCACAUGUACUUACGCAGAAUUUAUAACAAGAGAUGCUAAAAUUAGGUUUGACCAAGAACACAUACCAUAUUUAAGGAAGAAAAUGGCAGUAGAACUACUAGCAGGUGAACUAUUGGUUAAGUGA